AUGUAUGCGAAGGAGAUUGAAGAUCUCUUGCUUAUUCAGAAAGAUUUUCGAACCCUCAGCAUAGACACUAUUGAUCAAGUAUGUGAUGAUAUUUUAUCCACUAUAUUUCCUUCAACACCUCAUGGGGUUUAUACAAUUACGCAGGAAAUACGAAAAGUUGUAAGAAAACAUCCAAAGAAAGUCGAGUGUUUUGCAAAACUUAUAUCAAAUCUAUAUGAACAACGCGAUGAAACAAAUUUUCUGGGAAAUUUUCCCGAUCUUUUUGUCGAUUUAAAUAGCGAUUGCACACUUUAUCGAUUAGUACGAAAAUUAGUACAAAACAAUGUCAUGUCAGUCGAAAAAAUCACGCAAAUUUUACAAUCAAUUUCCAGCGCAGAAAACAGCAUCUUUUCAUUUAUCUUUUUUGCAGAUUUUGCCAAGAAAGCACUUGUAGAGCGCUAUGAACCAUACAGGGAUCGUAUCUUGCAAGCUUCAACAACAUUUUACAUGAUAAGUGACAUUGCGAAGAACUGGGCUAAGUACGAAGCCAACAAUUUCAAACUUCUAGAGCCUAUUUAUGAAAUCGGCUGGUUCCCAAAUACAGUUCAAUAUCACAUAAUUUUAGAUGACGUCAAAUUCCUCGAGAACUACUCGCAAAGCAGCAGAUUCAAUCCCAUGAUGAAAAUAGAGCUCGACCAACUCUAUUCCAACCGCUUUUCCACUCAUUUUUGCGAAGAAUGCACUUUACCAGAAUUUGCAGGUUUCUGGGGUUCUGUCAACUGUUUCAAGUUCCUUCUUAAGUGCGGUGCUACAAUAACACCUGAUAUGAUGUCUCUGAUCUUUUCCGGCGGUUCUUUGGAAAUAAUCAAAAUUUGCUAUGAAAUGAAGAUAAAUUUCGGAAAAGGGUUCCAAAGAAUGAUCAAUUUCUACUAUAAUGACAUCUACGACUGGUAUAUCAAAGAAUUCGAGACCGGCUGCAAUUUCCGAAAUUACGCAUUCACUGUUGCAGCUGUCACCAACAAUUUAGAGCUUGUUGUCCGUCUUAUGGAGUCAAAUGUUGAUUUGAGUAAGGAAGAACUUCCAAAGAACAUUGUACAAUGUGAUUCCCUCGAAUUAGUUAAAUUAUUUGAAUCAAAAGGAGUAAUUUUCAAAAGAGUUGAUUGUGUAGAAGCAGCAGCAUCAAUAGGUAAUGAAGACAUCCUCAAAUAUCUCAUAGAUAUAGGAAGCCCUGUCAAUCCGCCUCCUGAAAUCAAAAACGCAGAAUAUCCUUUGAUUUCUGCAAUAAACCGCCAAUUUUACGGUUGUGUCAAAAUUUUGUUAGAAGCCGGUGCUGGACCAAACACAGUGACUGAUUCGAUGACAGCAUUGAGUCAUGCAUGCAAUAGGAAAUCUACUGAUAUUGUCAGAGUUCUCUGCGAAUACGGCGCCUACGUUAAUUUUUCUGCGAGUGGAAAAUACAAUGACAGACCAAUUAUUUUAUCAUGUAUCAAAGGAAACAUUGAGCAUGUCAAGACAUUGAUUGAGUGGGGAGCAGAAUACGAUGUUACAGCAAUUACAGAGAAUAUCAACAAUAAGAUAACUGUGACACAACUCAAUCCUUUGUGUGCUGCUUGUCAAGUUGGAGCAACUGAUUUGUUGCAGUAUUUGAUAAACAUCGGUUGUGAUCCGAAUGAAAACGAUGCAUUGCCAUUAGUUUUGGCAGGAAACUACAACAGGCCGAGAGCUUAUAACCUGUUGACUGAGUUGCUUCAAACUGGAUCUAAAACAUUGUUUGACAUGUUGAUUGUUGCUAUCAGACAAAAGAAUUUGGAAAAUGUGAAAACAUUAGUGAGUAAAGGAGUUUCUUUGGCAAAUAGAGAUGAUGGAAAUAGAACUCCUCUUCAUUUGGCAGCAAAUCAUUCUGCAGAAAUUCUUGAGUAUUUGUUACAUGUUAAUAAUGGAUCAGGAAUUAACGCGAGAGAUAGCGAAGAUAAAGCUCCAAUACAUCAUGCUUUGGAAGCAAAGAAUGUUGAUUCUGUAAGAUUGUUAUUGAAUGCAGGAGCAAAUAUUGACAUGCUCACAAACAAAGGAUAUUCAUGUUUAAGAAUUGCAUGCCAGAAUUUGGAUUUCGAAAGUGCAGAAUUACUUUUAGAUAAAAGGAAUGACCCGAAUGUUGAAGACUUCGAAGGAUCAACACCUUUAAUUGCUGUUUGUAGAUUGCCAAGAACAAAAGAACGUCUGAGAAUGAUGGAAAUGCUAAUUGCUGCUGGUGCUGAUUGUAGAAUGGCUGAUUCUUUGAAUCAUACUGCUUUGCACACUUUAGUUUUGCAUGAUCCGACAUUGAGUGAAUUGGAUAUUUUAACAAGAUCAAUGAAAAACAUCAAUUCCUUCUCAAGAAGAGGAAUUCCAAUGAUGGGAGAUGCUGUGAGAUUGGAUACUGUUUUCUUUGAGUUUCUGUUGUUGAAUGGUGGAGAUCCUUGGGUUACUUCCAAUAAAGGAGAGACUUUGUUACAUAUUGCUGUUGAAACAAAUCACACGAGAAACGCUGAGUUGCUGUUGUCUGCUGGUUUGAGUCCGAAGAAAAAGAACAGAUGGUUGAGAAGUCCAAUGUUUAAUGCAUUCAAAGGAUCAAUGAAUGAACCAAUAAAUAUUUUGAGGUCGUUGACAAUGAUUGAUUUGUUGAUUGCAAAAGGAGGAAAUGUCAAUGAAACUGACAGUAGAAACUCAACACCUGCAAUUGCUUUGUUCGAAAGAAGAGGUCAUAUCCCUGUGGAAUACAUCAAAAUUCUUAAAGAAAAAUAUAAAGUUAACAUGGAUAAAGUUAACUAUGAAGGAAAAACUGUUCUGUUGUUAGCUGAUCAGCAUGGUUUGCAGGAUAUUGUUGAUUACUUGGAUCCAGAAGAAAACCAUCCUAAACUGGCUCAUGACAAGAAGCAAUUCCAAAAUUACAGAAGAAGAAAUAAGGAUAUCCAAUAA